UAUAACUCUUGUUAAAAUUUUCUCUUCUAAAUAAAUAUAAAUAAAUAUAUGAAAUUAUCAAUACACUCUUUCUUUCAUUUUUCAUAUUUCAUUGUCUCUCUUCUUUCUUCUAACCUCUUUCACUCACUGUCACUGAUCUCGCUUUCUCGUCUUUUCUCGCCGAUUUUCCUUCCCGCCAAACACUCCUUAUUCUCAUUCUAUCUGAUGCUUGUUGCAAAGCACAACGGCUCUGGCGCUCCAGAUGUCAUGAAAACAGAAGAGAGAAUAGAUACCGAUGCCAUGAUCAGAACAGAUAAUGCAAUCAGACAGGUAGCGGGCACAGAACCUGUAAUUUAUUUUCCAAGGGCUGGUGUCAACCCUGUACAGUGGAUUCAAGUACUUCAUGCUUUAGAUCAGCAAGGUGGUAGCAAUUCAUAUUCAGAGCUUACAGGGUGGCCUUUGCUCUCUUCUCUGAGAUGUCAGUUGCAGAAGUGUGACAAGUGUUCUCAAGAGUUCUGCUCCCCCGUUAACUAUAGAAGACACAUAAGUGUACAUCAUCGGUGGAGAAAGCUUGAUAAGGAUUCUACAAAAGUUAGGGAUCUUUUAGGAGCUUAUUGGGAUAAGCUCUCUGUAGAAGAGGCAAAGGAAGUUGUAUCAUUCGAAAAUGUGAUGCUGAAGGAGGUUCCAGGGUCUUCGAUUUUAGAAUCUUUGAUGACUCUUGUUCAAAAACAAGGGUUUUCUUUACUUCCUCAGUAUUAUCUUAGGGCUGGUGCUGCCCUUUUGGAUAUUGUUCAAUCUAAACCUUCCAGUUUUCCUAUAUCUUCCUUGGAGUUGUUCAGUAUCCUUGACGAUGCUAGUGAAAAAACAUGUUUAUGGGGGACAGCAGUGUCAAUGCAAAAACAUCUUCUUGAUGGAGGGGCUGGAAAAAUUGGUCUUGAACCGGAAAACGUAGUUGCUUGGACAAGUUUCUUGCUAGAACAGAAAUUGGUGGAAGCAUGGCUAUCUGACAGGGAUGCUGAAGCGCUGAGGUGCCAGAAGCAAUUGGUGGAGGAGGAAGAAGCUGCUCAGAAAAGGCAGGCUGAGAUAUUGGAGAGGAAACGCCAGAAGAAGCGUAGACAAAAAGAACAGAAGGCUAGGGAGCGAAGACACAAGGAUGUGGAAGAAAUCAAAAAGAAUAUUGACAGUGCAGUAAAGGAUUUAUCACGAGCAGAAGCAUCUUUGGAUAGAUACAAUUCUGAAGGUCAUGAUCUAGAUACAUUUGCAGAUAACAACACUCCUUUACAUGUACCUUUCCAAUGCUCUGACACUAAUGAAGGAAUAGAUGAGAUAACUCAGUCACGGCAUGAUUUUGGCUCUGAUCAGAAUAUUGAGAGACAGUCAGCACGUGGGCAUAACCAUCGGCGCUCAGCAGUUGCCAGAUGGCAGGAGCCACCUAAACUACAGUGGGCUGUAGCCAAUGGUUUGCAUAAAAACCUGCACACUCCAAUUUCAAAAAAUGAAGUCAAUACACAAAAAGGAAUCGGACGUGAUCAAAAGGCAGCAGCUACAGUUAAUUGUAGUAAGGCAUGGAGUCAAAAGCCUAAAUCUGAAAUUGACAGGGUGGUUUUAAAAACCAAAGCAGAGAAAGAACCAGACCUUGUUAAGAACCAUGUAGUUUUGAUAGGAUCUAUAUCAGUUAAUCUUGGUAAUUGUAGAAAAUCAGAGGGUAAUGUGGUGGAAUCUCAAGAGGACUGCAUGGUUAAGAAUGUGGCUGAGCAGAAUAGUUCUCAGGAUAAACCAAUGGAACCUGAUUUGGUCGUGACUGGAAACAAUCAAUUAAAAGUUAGACAUUGGAGACCGGUUAUUCAGCUUGAAACUAAAGAUACAUUGCCAGUUCAAAAUGGUGGGACAGGAGUUGAUGUGGUUCACGGAAAUGGAGACUGUCGAAACUUGUCAGGUCCUACAAGUUUUGAAAACAAUAACUCCCAUCCAGAGGGUAGAGUGAAUCGGGGAAGCUUGCAGUCAUCCAUCCAUGAAGCAAAAGCCUUUCUUGCUCAAAGAUGGAAAGAAGCUCUCUUAUCAAAUCAUGUGAAAUUAGUUGUUUCCCCUGACUCAAAAUCGCCUAGGUGCCAGGAGAUUCAGCAUUCGAACAUAGCAGCAUGUAACUCUUCUGAUGAAAGAUGCAACAUUAUUGCGAAUGCAGACAACAGGUUGCCUGCAACCUCCAGAGUUUCUAGAUCCAAGCACAGAAAGAAGUCUGAAAACGGAAACAAGACAAAGUAUAUUCCCAAACAGAGAAGUGCUACCUAAUUUUGAAAGAAUUUUUUUAGCAGUUUGAUUUAUUGCUGAUUAUCAGCUGAGGUUCAGUUUUGAUAAGAUAGUCUUUAGUCAAAAUAUUGAAGGUAGGUUUUUCCGGCAAUUAUUUUUAUUUUCCGCAUUUUACAUUCUAAGAUGUUAUAUGGAAUUUUGACUAGUCAGGUUAUUCUUCCCUGUGGAAUUAUUAAAAAAAAAAUUAUAAGAAAUUUGUGUACUUACCAUAGAGGUAAUUUUUUGUUGGGCACGUUGGUCACUGUCUUUACUAGGCAAGAAAUUUUUUCAUCUUUUCUUCCUCCUCCAUUUGGCAUAGUUGCCUAA